ACAGUAGUAGGGCACGCAGGGAUUCUCAGACAGAGGCUACUGGCACCAACCCGCUCCACAUCGCUGACCCGCUCUCCUCCAGGACCGAAGAAAUGCUUCUUUCUCUGGGCCUGAGAUAAACGUCUCUCCCGGGGAGCCAGCUCACGAACGCGAUGGCCCCAAAUUCCAUCCACUGGUUCCGUAAGGGACUGCGCCUCCACGACAAUCCUGCGCUCCGGGAGGCGGUGCGGGGGGCUGGCACCGUGCGCUGCGUUUACUUCCUGGACCCGUGGUUCGCAGGCUCGUCUAACGUCGGGGUCAACAGGUGGAGGUUUCUGCUCCAGUGUUUGGAGGAUUUGGACGCAAGUCUCCGAAAACUCAACUCCCGCCUUUUUGUGAUCCGGGGCCAACCAGCAAACGUUUUCCCGCGCCUCUUCAAGGAAUGGAAGAUUUCCCGGCUGACCUUUGAGUACGACUCGGAGCCGUUUGGGAAGGAGCGGGACGCCGCCAUCAAGAAGCUGGCCAUGGAGGCGGGGGUGGAGGUCAUCGUCAAGAUAUCACACACACUCUACGACCUGGACAAGAUCAUCGAGCUGAACGGCGGACAGCCUCCUCUCACCUACAAGCGUUUCCAGACGCUGAUAAGCCGGCUGGAUCCGCCCGAGAUGCCGGUGGAGACGCUGUCCGACGCGCUGAUGGCCGGCUGCGUCACGCCCGUCUCCGAGGACCACGGGGAAAAGUACGGCGUCCCGUCGCUGGAGGAGUUGGGUUUCGACACUGAGGGCCUCCCUUCAGCUGUGUGGCCUGGAGGAGAGACUGAAGCUCUGACUAGGAUAGAGCGCCAUCUGGAGAGAAAAGCGUGGGUGGCUAACUUCGAGCGUCCCCGGAUGAACGCCAACUCGCUGCUGGCCAGCCCGACGGGCCUCAGCCCGUACCUUCGCUUCGGCUGCCUCUCCUGCCGCCUCUUCUACUUCAAACUCACCGACCUCUACCGCAAGGUAAAAAAGAACAGCUCUCCUCCGCUCUCGCUGUACGGACAGCUACUUUGGCGCGAGUUCUUCUACACCGCGGCUACCAACAACCCACGCUUCGACAAGAUGGAGGGAAACCCCAUCUGCGUCCGCAUCCCGUGGGACAAGAACCCCGAGGCGCUCGCCAAGUGGGCCGAGGCCAAGACCGGCUUCCCCUGGAUAGACGCCAUCAUGACUCAGCUGAGGCAGGAGGGCUGGAUCCAUCACCUGGCCCGGCAUGCCGUGGCCUGCUUCCUCACCAGAGGAGACCUGUGGAUCAGCUGGGAGGAAGGGAUGAAGGUUUUCGAGGAGCUGCUUCUGGACGCAGACUGGAGUGUGAACGCGGGCAGCUGGAUGUGGCUGUCCUGCAGUUCAUUCUUUCAGCAGUUUUUCCACUGCUACUGCCCCGUGGGCUUCGGCCGGCGCACCGACCCCAACGGGGACUUCAUCAGGCGAUACUUACCUGUUCUCCGAGGUUUUCCCGCCAAGUUCAUCUACGACCCCUGGAACGCCCCAGAGUCCGUUCAGGCGGCAGCCAAGUGUAUCAUCGGAGUCCAUUACCCAAAACCCAUGGUGCACCACGCGGAGGCCAGCCGGCUCAACAUCGAGAGGAUGAAGCAGAUCUACCAGCAGCUGAGCCGAUACAGAGGCCUGGGCCUGUUAGCUUCUGUUCCCUCCACAAACGGGAACGGAAACGGAGGAAUGAUGGCCUACUCUCCAGGAGAGCAGCAGUCAGGGACCAACAACAACAAUUCACACUUGCCUGGAGUGUCAGGAAGCUCGGUGGCCACAGGGAACGGAAGCGGGAGCAUUUUAUUUAACUUUGACAGCGAAGAACAGACGGGGCCCAGCAGAGUUGGGCAACAGCAGCGACUUCACACACUGCCACACAACCAACAUCAGCAGCAACAUGCAGGAUACCACUCAGUGCCAGACUCCAGCCAGAACAUCACCAGCAGCCGACUCUAUCAUGAGUUUGCUGUGCCUCAACACCCAGGCCUCCUCCCGCACACCAGGGGCAGCGGCGUCACAGGAAAACGAGAGCGCGAGUCAGAACGGGAAGGGUCGGGGGAAGAGGAGCCGCCGUCCUGCUCUGUGAACAAAAUGCAGAGACAGAGUGCAGAGACGUCUUAGGCCUGGUGGAGACGAGUCGGCUUAAAAACACGUUAGCAUCACCAUCCGGUCGGCUGUUUGAGGAAAAGCCCAACGUCGCCUCCUGAGCUCCAUCCGGACACGACGACCUGCCUGUCGAUCUCAACGCACCACAACUGUGUGUUUUUUUUGUUUUGUUUUGUUUUUCAAAGCUCCCAGAGGUAAUUUUUGUUUUUUUUUUUUUUUUUUUUUUUUUUUUGAGAAAUUGGUUCUUUCAGGUGGGGCAGCAUGAGAAGAAUGUGCAAAACGCCUCAAACCUUGGUUAAAAUGUUUGUAAAAAAGAAGUUUAACAAGAAAAAUAAAAAAAAACACUUAAUUGUCUUAAAACUGCUGCCACCAGCCAAUAUAAACUGUACAGAUACUGAAUUGCAGCUAUAAAUGUGAUAAUGAGUUUAUUUUUUCCCCUCUUACAGUAAAGACACUAAAUCCCUCCCAUCAGAUUUACAUCUUCACAGUAAAAUAAUGCAGUUUUUAUAUUUGUUUUAUGCACCGACGCAAAAAACUGUUUAUUUUAUUUAAUAAAAAUGUGGACAUCUAAAGAUGAAGGACAGUUUUUAUUGAAAUGUACAGAAAUCAAUAAAAGUGUAUGCUUUGACAGAGACAACCAGGCAGGUACUUUCAGGGACUUUAUAGAAAUAAUCCAAGUACUUUCUCAGUCACCUGUUGCGAGUCUGUGUAAAAAUACUGUUUGCAUUCAUUUGAGGUCCAACUGGCUGUUUUUGGGGCAGUCUGCUGCUGCCUGCUUGGUGUAAGAGAUAAUCUGUUGGCAGCUGGUGACUGAAGGUUUAUUUUUGUUUGGAGGUUUUAAGACACAAAGCACAGGAAUCUAAUUACACAAAGUGUAACAAAGCACCUCAGACCAGCUCCUUUCUUCAUCUAGGAUUGUUUUUACAGUGUGUUACUACAGAUUACUUUGAAGAUUUCUUUUAACUUGGUUGUUUAUGCUGUAUUAAAAAAAAGAAAACCGAUUUAAAGAUGUGAAACUUUCCAUGAAAAAUCUUUUAGGGUUUCUUUACUUUUGUUUUUUUAUUUAUUCUCAUAGAUGUCAUGGUGAGUCACCCACAUCACAAACAAUAACUAUAAAAAGAUCUAUAAAUAUGGAUUUAGUUCAGUAAAAAACUCUGAUAACAGAUUAUUUCAAAGCACUUUAAAAAGCUAUUCAAAUUGAAUAACUGGCAGCCAUUUCUGUAAUAAAUGCUCUACUUUUCUUUUCACCAUGUCACUAUUAUCCUCACACCAUCCCUCUUCGUGUCUCCUUUUGCCACGUCCUCCAAAUCUCUCAUCAUAGCAGAUGUGAACUUUUUCUUUUUCUCUUGCAUCUGUCUCUUACAUCACCUCUGAAAUGCUUUUCCCUGCACUUCCCCACCUGCACUCACCAUUCACCAGCUGCGAAUAUUUCGGCAGUCUGUUUAAACUCAUCAAGAUUUGUCCUGUUGUUGCUGACUUUCAGUCUUCUUUCACCUGCUUGCUGGACUCUCCCAAAAAAAAAAUCACAAUAUCAUCGGUAAACGUCAUAAUCGUCCAUCCAUCCGAUUUCCAACACCCUUGACCCAGUGGGGUCGGGAGGAUCUGGUGACCCCCAUCUGCUUAACACAUCAAUCAAAGACUUUCAUUCCUUUUCUGGACUCCCCCCCAAAAAUCACAAUAUCAUCUGCAAACUUGAUAAUCAUAAUAUUAGGAUUACAUAAAGCCAGGUAGCUUGUGAAUUCUCUGUUUUCUUACACUGCUUGAUGUGAUCUUACUGAUGACGCAGGGAAAAUGUUUGCAUCAUCUGAAAUCAAUAAUAGACAUAAAACUGAGGUCAGACGACCUGCAACUCUGGAGUUUCUGUGAGUCAAAGAAACGCUUAAAACUGCAGAUUAAAGUCAAAUCUCUAUCAAAAUAGGCCUUUUUCUGUAUUUACAUUGUUUUCCACAGAUUGGUCAACAUUGUCUUACAAUUGACGUCCUGCUCUCACUUUUCUUUUUGAUGUGAAACUAUUUUAGGCCCAUCGUAGGGUUAUAUUACAGUUUAGACUUUAUAGCUGUUUUAAUAAAACCCUUUUUCUGGUUCAUGUGGCUCAGUAGGGACCACUUGAACGUUAUCGCCCUGUACUUUGAUUGUACCAGAUUGCAGAUUUUCUUUCUUUUAUUCUUAUUGUUUGUGGUGUGGACGCCCACUAAUGGCAGAAAAACGAGUCACAACAUCUCCCCCUUUUGCUUUUUUGUUUGUUUUGAAGAAAAAUGUUCAGACUCAGCUGUAAAUAUUAAUUAGCUGUAAUCUUUGCUGUCCCAGUUAAUCUGACACAUUUAGUCUGUUCUGCCAGGGGGAGUGCUGUUUGACCAUCUACAUAUGUAACUUAAAUGUUCCUGAAUUAUCAUUCACAAACCCAUGUGUUCUGUGGUUUUUCCACCUCAAUGUAAUGUUACAGUAUUAGUGAUUUUAUUGUUGCUCCCUCCAAAAUCUCAGUUUGUUUAAAAACAAAACCUUCAGAGGAUUUGACUUUUGAAAUAAAUUAUUUAAUCUGAGGGCUUAGCAGAACAACAAAAAUUGCUACUUUUUUAAGAGAUUUCAUAUAAAACUAAAAACUCAAUGAACAAAAACAUUAAAGCAGUAAGUUGAACUAAAAUAAAAUAAGUGACUGCGUUUAAAUGAGAAAAGCAGAAACCGACAUCCCUUAGAACAAAUCAAAUUCUGUCUGAAGGAUUUCUACAACCAGAGAAGAAGUUAAGCCACAUACGAACACAUGGCUUCUUGUCACAUUGUGGAACCAAGAAUUGUACAAAACUGUUGAUUUAAAACGUAGAUAAAGGCGGAAAAUUGUUGUUAAAAAUUAGAAAGAUGCACCUGGUCUAAUUCAGGUUCUGUAUUCGCCGUCCGCCAUCUUUUAUUUACGUCUGUUGAGUUGAUGUAAACCAGAAAAUGUACCAAACCCACUCUGUAAAAAAUACCUCUCAGAAUUACAGAAAUCCAGAUCUAUUCAGUGUAAUUUAUGAACACAAAGGAUUUAAGGAUUAAAUCUCAGUGGAACGAUGAAGCUGAGUGGUGAACACAAGCAUCUGGAGAACGUGUUCGGCUUGAAGUGCAUAUUGAGUUACUAACUGAUGACGACUCUUGAGAAAUAUGAUAUGAUAUCCUUCCUAUAUUUUACGUUUUCAACCAUUUGCUGUAAUCAGAGAUUAUGCGGGGAUGAAAACAUAACAUCCCUGCAUGAUGGUUCCCACACACAACUUCAAAGUACAGAAAUAAAAGCAGAAAUUUUUGUCAUGUUUAGACAGGGGGAAACGGAUCAAGUCCCAACUUGAAACCAGUGCCAGUUUUGUUUAACAUAAAAUGUGGGUCUAAUAAAAGCAAGAGUUACUUUGAUUGGCUCUGUUCUAAUAAACCGUGCUCUCCUGGCUCUGAACCAAAUCUGAACCGAAGGCACUAAUCAACUUUUGUGCAUUCCGAGCAAAACCAGAUAACUGCAAGAUAACUUAAACUCUUCACUGAUGGGUGAAGUGAAGCGUUUUAUUCUAGCCAAAGUCCUCAUGAGGAUCUUGGAGUUUCUGCUCUCCUAAGAAAGUUCUGGUGACUCAUGUCUCUGUACAAAUAUUGACAUUUGUUCAUCUGUGAUCAUGCUGCCCGCGGCUUCAGGAGUAACGUAGAGGGACGGGCGGGUGAUGUUCAGACGUAGCGUUUCCGUAUCAUAAAUCUGUAUGUCCUCAAAAAGAUUUAAAUAUUAUUAGGUUUUUGUAGUUUUUAUCACAAUAGUGAAAGCAAGUUGAACCAAGUUUUUAUUCCUGAUUUUAUUUCCCAUUAUUAUUAUUAUUAUUAUUAUUGUCUUUUUGUUCCCUUCUGUGACAGGAAGGAGAAAAAUACACCAUCUGCCACUUCUGUAACUACUAUGUUGUCUCUGCUCCUCCUUGUAUUGUGAAAGGCUUUUCUUGUGCUUUAUCAAAUGGGGAAUUAAAACUGCUACAACUUGA